UAUUGAGGGUACUUAGAUAAUAUAACUUUUUUGUAGAAGCAAUCAAAAACUACGUGGCGACUCGUAACAGAUCACUUGUUGUAAGAGUCUCAAACUUAUUUUUCCUUCUCAAAAUGGACAUUAACAAGAUCAUCGAAGACUUUGAUACUCGAAACGCAUCACUAGAAGCAUCGAUCCUCUCUAAAGAGAAAUCAAGAUCGCCGAAACAAGCUUUUCAAAACAAAAAGGCUGACUUGCAAAAAGAUGCUUUGCUGGCUGUAAAAAGAGACCCUGCGGUGUUGGAAGCCAAGGUGACAGUUAAAGAUCAAAGUUUAAAUCCUCCCAAGAGUUUAAAAUUCUCAAAAAGCAAAGGACCUCAACCACAGAAAGAUCCAGAGCCCAAGUAUCAAUCGGACUUUGACAGCAAGAUGUUGAUGGAGCGCGCUGCGUUGUUGUCUUUGUCGGCGAGCCAGUUCGACCUUCUGCUGAGAUACGUGGAGACCCUUCGACAGCAGCGUCUAUCGGCACAGAAACAAAUCGAGUGCGGGUUUUGUAGAAACAAUCGUCGGUCGGAGCUGUGGUACACGACGCACACGCUGAAGGAUGCCAAGGGGCGCGUCAUUUGCCCCAUCUUGCGCUCGCUGGUGUGCCCCCGGUGCGGGGCAACGGGUGACCACGCGCACACCGUCACACAUUGCCCUAGAAGGCGUUACUAGUUACUUAUUAAGUUUUAAAACCAUUAAAAUUUUAUAAAAAAAAAAA